AUGUAAACCGGUCAAGGGGAGCAAUGGUUAUUUGCAUGUUGUGCGCCCAAGCAGGCAGCAUUUGUUGUUUGGGUUCGGGCGUAAAACAUGGACGAAAUGGACGAAAUUAGCUUGGAAAUCUUUGAAGAAAUAGCGGAUAGUGGAACGCAUGGUAUCAAUAUCGUCGACCAUCUUAACUGGAAUGAUCCUGUUCAGCAAGUUGACCAUAAUCUGCCGUUUGACACUCUAUCCUUGAAUUCAUCUAUCCUGCCAUUAACCCCCCCUGGAUCCUGCCCUGUCACACCCACGUCCAUAUUUGAUGGAAAUGUUGAUUUAAAAAACACCGAUUCUGGGCAAGCCUGUUUAACUGAUGCACCAGAACUGGAGCACUAUUUGAGACAGACAAAUCCUUUGCAGAGUUCAAACAAUAAACGCAAACUUUCCAUUGAAAGUGAAGGGGAUUGUAAAAAACGGACGAGAUUGAAAAGCAACUCUCAAAGUGAUUCGGGUGAAUGUUCUCAACCACAAAAUCAAAGAUCAAUCAAAUGGACUCAAUGUGAUACAGAGGAAUGGCAUAAAAUAUACGAGUCUUCUGUUCAAUCAGAAGAGCCAUGUCUUCAUGUCACCUGUGAUAAAGGGUUAACUUUUUCCCCGGCAGAAAGUGUUUUCAUCUGCCAGAAAAAGAACCAUUUUCAGAUUUCUCUGAAUCUGGAAAUGGUUAUUGGAAAUUCAACUCUUGUGAAAGUGAAUGAUGCUUUGGAAACAGUGAAUUUUGUUAAAAUUCAUCUAUACGCUAUAAAGGCCGAAGCUCCACAAAAAAGAAUUACAAUGGAGCAGUCAAGUGCCGAUAGAUCAAAACGGCCUUAUGUGCCAGUGAAACUUCCCAAUGGAUCACCGCUGAAAACGCUGACAAUUGGUCGUUUACAUUUCAGUGAAACGACCUCAAACAAUAUGAGAAAGAAGGGCAAGCUAAAUCCGGAUCAAAGAUAUUUUCAGUUGGUUGUUGACAUUCGUGCGUACACGAAUGAAGGAAAUUACUCCAUAUGUCGACAAGUUUCCGAAAGAGUUAUUGUGAGGGCAUCAAAUCCGGGGCAAUUUGAAAACGAUGUUGCUCUCUGGUGCAAAGACAAGAGUAGCGAUAGUGUUUACAGAAUGGGGUAUGUUGGUAUCAACACAGACAAACCAGAUCAACCCCUCACUGUAAAUGGAAAUAUAAAAUCAACUGGCGUAUGGCUAACACCAUCUGAUGUUCGACUUACCGAAGGUAUCUUUCAGGCGGAUACGCGUGAAAACCUGGAGAACGUUAACAACAUGCAGCUGUAUCGAUAUCGUUACAAAAAAAUGUUCCUUAAACACGCUGGACUUGCAUCCGAGGAAACUGCUGAACAUUUGGGAGUGUUGGGAAGUGAUCUUCGUGCCAUGAUACCAGAUGCCGUUACUGAGAGCACUGAUAUCCCGUUGCAAGAUGGAAAUCUUUUGAAAGAUGUUCCAAUGAUCAACAAGGACCGACUGCUAAUGGAAUCAAUCGGAGCUAUUCAAGAACUUUCAAAAGUUGUGAAAGUUUUGACGACUCGACUGAUCGAGUUGGAAACGAAGAACGAAAUUUUAGAAGUCGUUUUGAAGAAUGUGGUUUCUGAUUCCAUAACAACCUAGUGUUCAUAAAAGUUGAAAUAACAGCAUCAAUUAAGGAGAAAACAUUUUUAUGUCCAUGGCGUUAGCUCGGCUCGGCUCGCUUUUUUAUCAUUGAAAUCGGAAUCUAUAAAUGUCUCCAAAUCAAUAACCUCAAAUGCGUUGGUCAACUUUUUACAACAAGUAAACUAGUAUCGCAAACAAUGUACAAAGAAACCUUUCAAUUGCUUUUCAUGAAAGAUUUUUAUAAAUACUGAAAAAAUUGCUUUCGAGAAUGAUGAAUUAGCAGCCAUUUAAAAGUGUCUUGCUUACUUUCAUUGAUCAUGUGACCAAGGUAAUAUUGUUGCAAUCAUCGGAGCAAACUGUGGCACUGGAAGUAAUUGGUUGUUUCGACUGGGGAUUUGAGUCCUUCGUUUCCAGUUUCUCUCAUAAGUUGUAUUAAAAACCUAGCUUUGUUGCUGAACAGUUCUUUCAAGCUUUUUAAUUCCAAGUAUCUACUUGUUUUUACCAAAAUGUUGUCGGGUGAAUAACGAGCACAAGGUAUGAUUUCCUAGAGGUGUAUUUUUUAGGAACGAUUUCCUUAUAUUCGUGAGCAAACGUGUCAUGAUAGCAUAACAAGCCUGCAUAUUUAGACAAAUGCUAUACAUUUGCAUUUGAAUUUUUAUAUUUUAUUUAAUAAAUUGAAAUAUUUUUUUUAGUCGAUUUGGUUAAAUUAGCUACGAAAGUUUUGACAAAUUAAGUACAUAUUUUCCUGCAAAUAUAUUUGCUUUGUUAUGAUUACUUAGAUAUUACUAUAAAUGCAAUCAAUAAAACAAUCAAACAAA